AUGGAGGAAGGUUCACAUCUAGCUGGUAGCAAUAUUAAUGUUCUUCUUAAGGAGGAGUUGGAUGGUGGGGAUAAGAAAAUGGGACCUGAGGAGGAUAAUUUGGAGACGGAAUCUAGAAAACCAAUGAAGAAUGAAACAUCGGAUAAAUGUUUUUAUAUGUUACCAUUUUCUGGACAGACAAGGAAUAAACCGCUCAUUUACACUUUUUUUUCCCUGAUAUAUUUGGUCGGAGUUCUUCUCAAUUCUUCCAUUAUCACAGCCAUAUGUCUGGAUGUUCAGUUACAUAAACCAAUGUAUCUCUUUAUCUGUAAUUUGUCAAUUGUAGACAUAUUUUAUACAUCGGUCACGGUUCCUAAAUUACUGCACAUAUUAUUGUCUGGGAAUCAUAUUGUUUCCUUCUCACAAUGUUAUACUCAGUUGUACUUUUAUUUUACUGUAGCGACUGCAGAGGAAAUUCUUCUCUUCAUUAUGGCUUAUGACCGAUAUGUUGCUAUCUGCCUCCCCUUACAUUAUCAUCGUAUCCUGAGUCGGAGAAAUUGUAUCCUGAUCACUAUUGGGUUUUGGCCAGUGGCCUUUAUAAACUCUUUAGUGUUAUUAACCACAGUUUUAUACAUGACCUCCUGUCACUCCAACAUCAUCCACCAGUUCUUCUGUGAUGUGAAGUCACUAACAAAGACAACCUGCACAGGAACACUAAUGCUGUUUGUAAUAGCAGGUAUAGAAAUUUUGGUCUUGGGCUUUAUUCCUUUGAUGUGCACUUUUAUUUCUUACAUUAACAUUUUCUCUGUCAUCUUUAAGAUGAAGUCAAAAGAAAGCCGAAAAAAGGCCUUCUCCACCUGCUUUUCCCACAUCAUUGUUGUCUGUAUUUACUUUGGGACAUGCCUAAUAGGGUAUAUGAUACCACCUUACUCUGAUAUUCUGGACUUAAUCUUUACAAUAGUUUAUACAACUAUCACCCCCAUGAUGAAUCCGAUCAUUUACAGUCUACAGAAUUCCAAUGUACAAUCUGCAUUGCUGAAGUUAAUGAAGUUAAGAUAUAUUCUAAAGAGCAGACAAGAAUUAAAACAAAAAGUGAAGUAG